UUUCAGGAGGUUCAAGCGAGUCCUAGUGUUGGCCUGUCCUCUAGAAGACGAGGAAAACAGCCUUGAAAGAAGCGGGCAAGAUGGUGUGGGCUGGGCUUGCUUGAGUAGCUUCCCCGUGACGCGGUCAGUAAAACCUCUCGCCGCGCCUCGGUUCCUGCUUUGCUAGGGUUCCCUUGGAUCACUUAAGAAGAAAAAUGAGUGGAGGGUUAGCACCAAGCAAAAGCACUGUUUAUGUGUCCAAUCUUCCCUUCUCAUUGACAAAUAAUGACUUGUACAGGAUUUUUUCCAAAUAUGGCAAAGUGGUUAAAGUUACAAUUAUGAAGGACAAAGACACACGGAAAAGUAAAGGAGUUGCAUUUAUUUUAUUCUUGGAUAAAGAAUCGGCACAGAACUGUUCUCGGGCACUUAACAAUAAGCAACUCUUUGGUAGAGUAAUCAAAGCAAGUAUUGCUAUUGACAAUGGAAGAGCUGCAGAAUUCAUCCGCAGGCGAAAUUACUAUGACAAAUCAAAAUGUUAUGAAUGUGGGGAAACAGGACACUUAAGCUAUGCUUGUCCUAAAAACACGCUAGGAGAACGUGAGCCACCCAAAAAGAAAGAAAAGAAGAAGAGGAAGAAAGCUAUUGAGGCAGAAGAAGAAAUUGAGGACCUGGAAGAAAGUGAAGAUGAAGGAGAAGACCCUGCCCUUGAUAGCCUCAGCCAAGCUAUAGCUUUCCAGCAAGCCAAAAUUGAAGAAGAGCAGCAAAGAUCAAUGCAGACUGCAGGAGAGCCUUCAACAUCUGACUCAAGGCGUCCCCGCAUCAAAAAAAGUGCUUAUUUCAGUGAUGAAGAAGAAUUUAGUGAUUAACUUUUAUAUAUUCUGUAAAUUUGUACAAUGUAGAUUUGUAUUCUGUAGGAAGACUGUGUUUCAGCCAAAGUGAGUAUCUGCUAUAACUUGCCUGCUGCUGUAAAUAAAAAGUAUAGUAUUUUGAGAACACCAAAUAUUUCUAUAAUUAUGAAUUAUUAUUGUUAAAAGUGCAGUAUUUUCAUGGCCCCUGUAACCAUCUUUAAAAUCGAUGUUAAUGUGUCACAGUUGAUCCUCAUAUUUUAAUAAAUAAAUGUUUGCAGUCUCUUAUUGAUCACUUAGGUUUUCCUUUCUGCAGCCAAAACAUAAACAUGUCUAUUUUCUUGGUUACCAGAUGAUGGGAUAGCAUGGUGGAUUAUCCCCGAGCUGUGCUUUGAUGCUUAGAAGGUGUGCUGAAGAACUAUAUUGUUUUGUAUCUCUUAAUCAGCUUAAAAAGAAAGAGUAAGAAUGAUGUCUGUAAACUAUAACUCCAUUUCAGAAAAUCUCAAUUAUUCCUAUUAAAGGAAAACAUGUUUCUGUUGACUAUAGUAUAAUGAGUAUCAUUGAGUCUGCUACACAUAAGAUACGGGGCAUCUUAAGCUAAACAAGGAGAAUAUUAAUUAAAAUGGCUAAAGAUAGCCAUUCCAUAUUACAGGAAGAAGUGACUCCAUGCUAUAAGGAGAGAAAAGGAAGCAGAGUGAGAAUUCUGAAAGAUUUGUACUUGACAAAAGAUUGUUUGCCCUACAGUGGAGGGGCCAUGGCUCAGUGGUAUAUCAUCUGCUUUGCAUGCAGAAGGUCCCAGGUUCAAUCUCUGGUAUCUCCAUUUUUAAAAAAAGGUAGUAAAUGAUCUGAACCUUUUCUUACGUGGAACCCUGGAUAACCACUGCAAUUUAGAGUGAAUAAUAAUGACCUUGAUGGACCAAUGGUCUGAUGCAGUAGAGGCAGCUUUAUGUGUCCAUGGGCAUAGUUUAAAAGGUUGGUUAACCAGACAUGGCUUUAGAACAGUUGAAAUUGUAGCAGUAUUUUUCUGUGUGUAAUGUAGCCCUCUGACUUAAUGUUGGGAGAAGGUUCAAAAUGAUUUGUAUAUCCUUAAUUUAAAUAAAUGUAUAGUGUUGAGUCUCUUCCCCAGAAGAGAUCUUCUGGCAUGUGGCUCUUACCUCUGGUUUUUCAUAAGUCCCCCUUUCCCUCUGUUCUUCUUCCUUUAAAGAAUUCAUUUUCUAAAAACUUGGAAGCAGAAUAAAUCAUGCAUAAUCAUAUUUAAUGACAAAAUGUAAAAAGCAUAACUUGUGAGUUUGCACAGACAAAUGUAUUUGCAUUUAUCCUGAGAUCUGU